CAACAUUAUUGAUCAUGGCUGUCAUAUUCCGUGUAUGAGGAAUUCCUCUGCUCUCUCUCUCUCUCUUUCUCUCCCCCCGUCUCUCGCUCUCUCCCUCUCUCUGUAUCUGAGACUCAUUCUUGGGUAUUGACUUCAUUACAGGCAGCCUUCCUCUGCUGCCACCUUAAACAAGUGCGGGGUUAAUAAUUGCAUUUUCACCCCUAAAAUCAGCUCUGCUGAUCACGACGGAGCACUUUUAAAUAUCGGCUGUAUAUAUAUACAUAUAUAUAUAUCUUCUUUUUUGUUUUUUUUUCCCUCUUCGUGUCUUCAUCUUGUGGAUGGUAUAAUUGUCUUUGCUGGUGUAUGAGGGGGGGGGGGGGGGAGAAUCUCACUCCAGGAGGGCUGAUAUUUGUGGGGGAAACUGCUGAGCUCCGCAAGGAAGUUGCCUGAGGCGGACAGGGACCCCAAGGAGGAGUCCGCGGAGGAGUCUGGAGACGGUGCUUCUCACCCUUCACACGCUGUCGGAUCGAUUAGAUUUUCUGAGGUAUCUCAUAUGCUAUCAUUUCCAUUUUUUCCUCCCUCCCUUCUGACCAAAUGCUGUUGCCUCUUUUUUCCCCUCUUCUUUUUGCUGUGGGUGUUUUCUCUCUUUUGGGGGCAUUCAUCCUGACAUUCCUCAGUGUAUUUUGGGCAGACUCUCUUAUUGUUUCAAUUUGUCUUGCUGCCGAUGUGUUAUGGGAUUUUAUUGAUUUUUGCUCAUUUCCAUUUUCACAUGGAUUCUGUGCAAUAUAGUGGUCAGGCUCUACUGAAGAUGUGACUCGUGGAUUACAGGCUCAACUCCCCAACUCUAUAUUUCUACUGCACCGCCGCCACGUUUCUAAGCUUCGCUCUUUAUCACACUGGUCCAUUCUGGAAUAUGAUUCGCUCAUGGGGCUCGGCUAGCUCCACCCCUGGGGUUCUCUACUCCUCCCCCUUUGACCAAUAGGAAGGCCCUACUUUUUAGUAUUCCCAAAAACACAUCCUCAGUUUUGGAAUAUCCAUCAGAAAGCCCCAUUGUAAGACUUGGCUCUUGUUUGGUAACAAUCCUUGAUCAUGGAGCCACAGUGGAACCCGACUUCCUGUCCGCAGUCCCCCUCUGUCGUCUUCUUGCUCAUGGCUACUUCCUACACUUGGCUCCUUCCCGUCGCUGCCCCUCAGCGGAUCCUAAUAGACCCCCAGGCAGUGCCUGAGUAUGCCCACUCCAUCCGACUGGACGGCGAUGUCAUCCUCGGUGGAUUAUUUCCCGUGCACUCGCGGGGGGACCGCGGCACGCCCUGCGGGGAGCUGAAAAAGGAGAAGGGCAUCCACCGUUUGGAGGCCAUGAUGUUCGCCAUCGACCUGAUCAACAAGGACCCCGAUCUGCUGCCCAACAUCACACUGGGGGCCCGCAUCUUGGAUACCUGCUCCAGGGACACGUACGCUCUGGAGCAGUCCCUGACUUUUGUGCAGGCCUUGAUUGAGAGGGACGGCUCCGAUGUCCGCUGCGCCAACGGGGACCCUCCCAUCUUCACCAAGCCAGAUAAAAUCGUAGGGGUGAUAGGAGCCGCGGCCAGCUCGGUGUCCAUCAUGGUGGCCAACAUCUUGCGCCUGUUUAAGAUCCCUCAGAUAAGCUACGCCUCCACGGCCCCAGAACUGAGCGACAACACGCGCUACGACUUCUUCUCCCGCGUGGUACCGCCGGACUCCUACCAGGCCCAGGCAAUGAUGGACAUUGUCACGGCGAUGGAGUGGAACUACGUGUCCACGCUAGCGUCGGAAGGAAACUAUGGAGAGAGCGGCGUGGAGGCCUUCGUCCAGAUCUCCAGAGAAACUGGUGGUGUGUGUAUCGCCCAGUCCUUGAAGAUCCCCAGGGAGCCCAGGCUAGGAGAGUUUGACAAGAUCAUCAGACGCCUGCUGGAGACCUCCAAUGCCAGGGCCGUCAUCAUGUUCGCUAAUGAGGACGACAUACGACGGGUUCUGGAUGCAGCUAAAAGGAACAACCAGACUGGUCACUUCCUGUGGGUGGGCUCAGACAGCUGGGGGUCCAAAAUCUCACCUGUGAUUGGCCAGGAGAGAGUGGCUGAGGGAGCCAUCACGAUUCUUCCCAAACGGGCGUCUGUAGAUGCGUUUGACCGGUAUUUCCGUAGCCGCUCGCUGUCCAACAACAGAAGAAAUGUUUGGUUUGCUGAAUUCUGGGAGGAGAACUUCAACUGUAAGCUGGGUAUGCAUGGUAAACGACCCGGCAGCCUGAAGAAAUGCACAGGCUUAGAAAAAGUUGGUCGUGAUUCCAGUUAUGAGCAAGAGGGGAAGGUUCAGUUCGUGAUGGAUGCGGUGUACGCCAUGGCCCAUGCUCUGCAUCGCAUGCACCGGGAGCUCUGCUACGGAUACCCGGGCCUCUGCCCGCGCAUGGCUGGCAGCAUCGACGGCAAAGAGCUGCUCAGCUACAUUCGUGCUGUCAACUUCAACGGAAGUGCCGGUACACCAGUGGUUUUUAAUGAGAACGGAGAUGCCCCAGGAAGAUACGAUAUCUUCCAGUACCAGAUCACCAACCGGUCUACUGCAGAGUACAGAGUCAUUGGCUCCUGGACCAAUAAACUACGCCUCAAAGUCGAGGCCAUGCGUUGGAAGACGGGCGACCCAUCUCUGCCGCCCUCUGUGUGCAGCAUCCCGUGCCGCGCAGGCGAAAGGAAGAAAGUGGUCAAAGGCGUGCCGUGUUGCUGGCACUGUGAGCGCUGUGAGGGAUAUCACUUUCAGGCAUCAGAGUUCACCUGUGAGCUGUGUCCAUAUGAGAUGCGGCCUGAUGCCAACCGCACUGGCUGUGUUCCCAUCCCAAUCAUCAAGCUGGAGUGGCACUCCCCCUGGGCCGUCGUCCCCGUCUUCAUCUCCAUGCUGGGGAUCAUCGCCACCUCCUUCGUCAUCGUCACGUUUGUCCGGCACAAUGACACUCCCAUCGUGCGGGCGUCGGGACGGGAGAUGAGCUACGUGCUGCUCACGGGGAUCUUCCUGUGCUACGCCAUAACUUUCCUGAUGAUCGCGGCGCCCGACGUGGGAGUGUGUUCGUUCCGGAGGAUUUUCUUGGGCUUGGGGAUGUGCUUCAGCUACGCCGCGCUGCUCACCAAGACCAACAGGAUACACCGCAUCUUUGAACAAGGGAAGACGUCUGUGACAGCACCCAGGUUCAUCUCACCCGCCUCCCAGCUCGCCAUCACCUUCUCGCUCAUCUCAAUUCAGCUGCUGGGGGUCUUCGUCUGGUUCGCGGUGGACCCUCCCCACACGGUCGUGGACUUCGGCGAGCAGCGGACCCAGGAUCCCACGUCGGCGCGCGGCGUCCUCAAGUGUGACAUCUCGGACCUGUCCCUCAUCUGCUCCCUGGGUUACUCCAUCCUGCUGAUGGUGACGUGCACAGUUUACGCCAUCAAGACGCGAGGUGUGCCCGAAACCUUCAACGAGGCCAAGCCCAUCGGAUUCACCAUGUACACCACCUGCAUCAUCUGGCUGGCCUUCAUACCCAUCUUCUUUGGCACGUCACAGUCCGCAGAGAGAUCUACAGAGAGUAUGUACAUCCAAACUACCACCCUGACCAUCUCUCUCAGCCUGUCUGCCUCUGUGUCUCUGGGGAUGCUCUACAUGCCAAAGGUCUACAUCAUCCUCUUCCACCCCGAGCAGAACGUACCCAAACGAAAACGCAGCUUCAAGGCAAUUGUGACAGCUGCCACCAUGUCGGGGAAACUGAACCAGAAGGGAGACCGGCCCAACGGAGAGGUGAAGACUGAGCUAUGUGAGAGCAUGGAGACCAACAGUGAAUUCCCUGGAACUUGCAGAAAGGCCUUGCCGAGAAUGUGGAGAACCACGUGCAGACACACGCUCUUCUUCAGCCGCUUAAAGGGACUAAACUCUUCGGUUGUGUUCGAGAACUCAAACCGAGUGGGUUAUGUGAUAAGAGUGUUGUGCUUGUCGUCGCCAUGUCUUGGAGCAAGGCCGAGUCCUUACAUCAGCAGGUCAGACAUCUGAUCCUUUGCUGCAUGUCAUCCUCUCUCCCUCCACCUCAUCUCAUCUCAUCUCAUUUCCAUGUUCUCCAGCAGCCUGAUGGUCUGAACGGGCCAUUACAAUGAAAGCGGUAAAAAGAGGACAAAGUUAAGGUUCACAGCAUAAUAAUCUAGAGAUACACUGUCUCUCAUGCUCAGCUAUCUCUCUCGCUGUCUGUUAGAGGCUUUAUAUUUUUGGAUUGUCUGUCCGUCCGGUCCUUCUCAGCCCGGUCUGCCCACGCCUUGAUCCUUCUUCAAAUUUGGCAGUAACGUCUACUUGCACUCGAGGUUGAAUUGAUGAGAAUUGGGUGGUCGAAAAUCACUGUGACCUCGCAACAGCAAGGCCAUAACUCAAUAAUGCAUAUGCUAAUUAUGACAAUUGCUUUAUUAGAUAGAAUGUUGAAGUGUUGACAUUUUGGACAGACUUGGAUGUAAACUGCAACGUGACUGGUGGCCGGAGGCAGACAACACGGCAGUAAUUCUAGCUUGCUGUAUUGUUGUUUUCCCUGUUCCCAUCACAUUCUCGUCCACCUCCCUGUCUCUGUGUAAGUAAAGGCCACAGACAAUUACUCUGUGAAAGGGGUCAAACUCAUGUCAAGCACUAGUCCUCCCACUCUCACUCAACCCCCACCACCCCCCAACCCUUUAUUGCCCUCUUUCUUUCUCCCACUGGGGUCAAACAUUACACCGCCGCUAUGAAAGAGGAUCGGACCAGCAGCCACUAACAUGUCAGGUCCAGCCCUCGCUUUCACGCCUCCACUUUCUUCUUCUCCUCUCUCUUUCCUUUUCGUGACUCUGUGUUCGUCUUCUUUGUGUUAUCCUUAUCAUAAUGGAAGGAUUAAAUGAUGUGUUAAGCUGAGCUAUAUUGCGGAUGUCCAGGGGAUGUUACGGAGUGGCUUAAACAUUGCCCCUAUGAAUGAAUGUUUUAAAAAGGUAAAGAAUUUCUCAAAUCCCAGAGACACCCUGCCAGUUUGGGAGCACUGAUAAGACCAAAGGGCAGGAGACAAUUAAACCUGAGGAUUUGAUCCAUGUAGCCGAGGCAGAUGGGGAAAGGAGAAACUGAGAAAGACUAUGUGAUAGACGUAGUCGCCAGACUGAGAGACAGGCAUAUCGGGAAGGCAGAAGAGGAGACAGAUUGACAGACUCAACAGGUUCCCUCUACACCUGGCAACAAAGUAAAAUGCAUCUCAUAUCCAGAGGUGAUUUAGCUGGAUUAUAGUUGCGCAUGGGAUUAAAUUAGUUUCUGCUAUAAACACAGCCGUCUCCAUUCUCUCACCAAACACAGGUGUCACUUCCUGUUGUAUAAUUUACUUCUUUUCAAAUUGACAGGAAACAGAAAGUAUGCUGACCAUAAAUGUUUUACAAGCAGAGAUUUACAUAUCCCCAUAUCACCUGCUUGUUUUUCCUGUGCUACUUGGUUAUUCUCACACAGAGUUGUUUACAAUUCAUUUCUAUACAUUGGUCACUGUGAAGUUCUUCUUUCAAUUUUACGAGAUGCACAGGGCCCGAAAUUAAUAAGCUUUCUGACUAAACAAGACGACAGCCGUGCUAGCAGCUUUGUGAGGCUAUGCUUAUAGGCACAGUGGUGCUUCAAGCUAACAUGCUAACAUCAGCAUGCUGACAUAGCUGCAGUGACAAUGCUGAGAUGCUGAGGUUAAGCAGGUAUAAUGUUUACCACGUUCACCACCUUAGUUUAGCGUGUUAGCAUGCUAAGAAAUGCUAAUUUGCUGUAACCACAAAGUACAGCUGAUGCUCAUGGGAAUGGCAUUAGUUUUGCAGGCAUUUAAUCAUAAAUCAAACUGAUAAUAUAAUUAGAUGAAAAGAUAGAGAUUUAGCAAAGUUAUUACUAUUAAAUCGAGGGGGAAAGUCAGAGGAUCACCAAGUCAGUAGGAUUCAUCCUCUGGGGAUCAUAAAUAUCUGUAGAGUCAUGCUCUGUUUAAUGCUUUAAAAGUUAUAUUUAAGAGUUUGAUUGCAGUCAUGUAGUAGUUAAUGCAGCUGUGGAUCAAUACUGUAAGCAUUUGUUUCCCCCCUGAGUGUAGUAGGAUGCUGGCAGUACAGUUUUAAUAAUAGGGUGUAAAAGAUCAUGUCCUCUUUUUGUCCUCGCGUCUCCUGAUGAUGAUUGAGGAAACAAAAGGCCGGCAGACUAAGAGAAUAAUCCCUGUGGAGCCGGAGAUAUACAAUGAAAGAAAAGACAGCACGUAUUUCAUAACUACCAUCACAGAUUGUUUUUGUGUUACAGAACAGCUCGUUUUGUGUUGUGUCCUGCUUAAUUAGUGAUUUUAUCAGAUUCAAGAGACUUGACCUGUGCCUCAACAAAUUGAUGCCUCAGUGUUUGGAAAUCACACAAAAGAGAUAUAAAGGUUUGAUCCCAUUGUAACACAUUAAUUAUGAAGAUGUGAAAUUAGAUGUUUGAAGAUGGGGUUUUACCCAUCAUGCCUGACAAAGACAGUAGAGGAUUACAUAAAACACAUCAAGGUCUUUGAGCAUAAAAACACUACAAGGUACUACAGUAAUUCAUGGAACCUUCAUAGAAUCAUUCAAAAAAAGAGUAAAACAUGUUUUAGUUCAACAUCUUAAUGAGGGAUGUCAAUUUAAUUAUUUUAUUUAUUACUAUGACUUGAAUCUUAAUAUGUGUGUCUGUGUGUACUACAAUGUGAAUGAUCUCAAGGUUCAAACCAUGUCAUGUGAAAUCAUCUCCCUGCUGGUUUCCGUUGAAACACUCUGUACCUCUCCUGCACUGACAUAAACACAUUCCUUUAACUCGAGUUUCAAAUGUUGCAUUGAAUUGCCCUUUUUAGUUCUGGAGUGGUACGAAUGUCCCGUGGGGAAUCUGUGCUAAUAUUUGAUAUGUUAAUAUUUGUUUUGCUUGAAUGAAUAAUGCAGAGAAACUGACGAGAGGAUUGGCACACACUGGUGUUUGUACUCAUAAUGAUUGUUCUCUGAAGGCUUUUAUUUCUCCCUUUGUGGCCUUUGUUUUUUUUUUUGAGGCUCCGUAUUACCAUUAAUACCGCUGUUAGCAGCAUCACUAAUUCAUACACACAUAUACAAAAGCAAAUAUGCAUCGAUACUUGCACACAUAUUAGUUUUAUGGAAAACAGUAUUACAAACACCAUUUCACUGCAUCAUUCUCUCUUUCUGCACAUUUACGCAGGCAGAUGCAAACGCGCAACGACUGUGAAGCUCGAAGGUUCGACCACUAAACACAGAAGCAUCUCACCAAAACUCAACAAUUUUUUGCAUAGCACAACAGAAACGCACAAACGGUUGGUAACGUUUGAUGUACAUACUAAUUCUGCAGCUACCGGGCAGAACAAAGCACGCAGCAAAACAAUCAGAGCUUGAUUGUAAUUCUCUGUUAAUUCCCAUAAUCACUGUUAUAAUAACAUGCUGCUAAUUCUGUAGACUUUGGCCUUUGUGCUGCAAUUAAGAGCAACAAUGGUGAUUACCAUAAUCACGUUUGAAAAUACACUAGCCUCAACAUUUUACUUGUAUGCACCAUAAAAUGCAUUCUAAGCUGUCAGUUAUUUGAAUAAUAGUUUAUAUCUGAUAUAUCUGAGGCCUCAAUGAUGAUGAUGAUGUCAGUCAGGUCUUAACAAGUAGGUCUAACUGUGCUCUUCUGACCUGAGUAUUCCUAUCUCGUUUCAUGUGAUCUUUUGUACUUAUAAUUUAACAGAUCCAAAGACAUUAGACAGAGACAAAUAUAGUGGAGGCAGAAAUACCAGAUUUGAAUUCAUAUGUGUUUACUCCAGCCCAAUAGCUCUCUGAAUUAAAUUCACAUUGGAAAAUUCUGCAUCCCAGCAUUUACCAACGUUCAGUGCAAUCAAGGAAGCAGUGUGCCCUUACCAGUUGAGCCAGUACGAUCAUUCAUAUCCAUA